AUGGCUAGACCAAGAAGAUCUGCUGCAAACCCUCCUCCUGUUGAUGUGAACCAAAUGGCUCACACCAUGGAGGCCAUGGCAGCCACUGUAGCAGCAGCUACUGCCUCAAGUGCACCUUCUCUUGAAUACCAUGGGUUGUCAGAGUUCAGGAAGAAUGAUCCUCGUCAAUUCACGGGAGUGGAUGGACCAGAUGCUGCUAAACUCUGGAUCAGGGAGAUUGAGAAGAUCUUCCUAACCAUGGGUUGCGCCAUGGAGAGGAAGGUGUUAUAUGCUCCGUAUAUGCUGACAGGGGAUGCAGAGAUGUGGUGGCACGGAGCUCGUGCUAUGUUGGAGGCCCGAGGUGAAGUCAUCACUUUGGCUGUAUUUAGAAGUAGUUUUUUGGAAAAGUUUUUCCCUUCUCAUGUUCGUGCUACCAAAGAGCGGGAGUUUCUAAACUUGGUGCAGGAAAACUCAUCAGUCUGUGAGUAUGCAAUACAGUUUGAGCGGCUCUACAAAUUUUAUUCUCACCCGACCUCGGAGGAGUGGAGAUGUCAGAGGUUUUCAGACGGGCUGAGAACUGACAUAAAGAGGAUUUUGAUACCACUUAGGAUCACAGAAUUUGCUGACUUAGUGGAUCAAGCCACCAUUAUAUAG